CCAUCCCAGUCGCUUCACACUCAGCUGCGAACCGAUCCAAUGAGAGCUGAAGAUCCUGGCCAGAUGAAGCCAUCAGGACCACAUCAUCUGCAAAAAGCAGAGACCUAAUCCUGCAGCCACCAAACCGGAUCCCCUCAACGCCUUGACUGCGCCUAGAAAUUCUGUCCAUAAAAGUUCUGAACAGAAUUGGCGACAAAGGGCAGCCUUGGCGGAGUCCAACCCUCACUGGAAACGUGUCCGACAAUGCGGACCAAGCUCUGGCACUGAUCAUACAGGGAGCAGACCGCCACAAUCAGACAGUCCGAUACCCCAUACUAUCUGAGCACUCCCCACAGGACUUACCAGAGUACACGGUGGAAUGCCUUCUCCAAGUCCACAAAGCACAUGUAGACUGGUUGGGCAAACUCCCAUGCACCCUCAAGGACCCUGCCGAGAGUAUAGAGCUGGUCCACAGUUCCACGACCAGAACGAAAACCACACUGUUCCUCCUGAAUCCGAGGUUCGACUAUCCGGCGUAGCCUCCUCUCCAGCACACCUGAAUAGACCUUACCGGGAAGCCAUCAGGACAACAUCAGCUUUUAUACUAAUAAUAAACUAUUUGCUUGCCUAACAGAAUUGCUAUUGCGACAUCCAGUGGACACAUUUAGAACAGCAGUUUCUUUCAUUUAAAAAUGCAGCUCAAUUUUACACAUAGCAAACUCAUCUUGCACGCCGGAUUGAACCUGGACCGCAUGUUUGACAUCCCUGGUCGAUUUCCUCUAAGUGGUGCACUUCCAUAAACAACCGAGUCAUCGGUUGUUUCUUUGCAGAGUCCAUACAAUUUAAUAAUAAACUUUAGUUUUUCAAAUCAACUUAUAAGGCCUCUCUUUAAAGGACACCUGUGAGUAUUGUAAUCUGCAUUGAACACUUCCUCGUGGUCUAGAUAUGUAUUGUUGUUAAUUUUGCUCCUGCAGUCACAUUUCUAACCUGAGUCAGUCUUGUUUGCGAAGGCCUUCCCUUUAGAUUGCAAGUGACACCUGCUGUUUUUAAGGACCUUCUGCCAAAAAUCAAGGAUCCAGUGGCGUGCGGUGAGGUUAAUGUCUGGUGAGGCACUGCAUCAUCACAGUCAGAUUUACAAACAUAUGAACCCUAAAUAGUAUCUUAUUCACCAUGUGAUUGGCAGCAGUUAACGGGUUAUGUUUAAAAGCUCAUACCAGCAUUCUUUACACAACUGUAGCACACAAAAAAGCACAUUUAAUAAAAAAAACAUUAUUAUGGUCUUACCUUUCUUGCUGGACAUCCACACAGCCAGCCUUUGCGUGUGUACCAUGCCGUUUGAAAAGAACGGGUCUUCUGUCCCGAAGUCAAAAGCAAACCUUUUAGCUCCGGCGUUGGUCUACCUUAAAUUAUUACCUCCUGCUUUGAUUGAAAGUCCAGUUUAGAAAACUGUUUUAUUUUACAUAUGUAAUCCUCCAUGUUUUUAAUAAAAGUUCAGGCGAGAGGAAAUAAACAAUCGCUGCACUAAUUGACUUGCAAACUUUUUUUUUUUUUUCUUCUGCGGCCGAGGAAUGAUCUCUGGGAUCAGGAGGCCGGAUUACUGCGAGCCUCAACCAUUGCAUGCUGGGAAAACUUAAAGUCCAGCUGUUAGGAAAGAGAAGUCGGAAGUUGACCGCAGCUUUGUGAUCAGAGGCACUAAGAUGUGGAUUGGACCAAGCAGGACUUCUGCCUUCAUCUUGGCCUUGAUUCUGCAUUUGGCUGCAUGUCAUCCAUGUUUGAGCCCUGAAAGGAGAUGUGACUUUGUGUGUGACUGUUCUGACUGUGACGAUGAGCAGGAUUGUGGAUAUGGAAAGGGGUUUGCAUGUGACUUUGAUGCUGGAUUGUGCGGCUGGACGGACCAGUCCUUGAAUGCAGCAUACAAGUGGGAGAGGCGGCAGAGAGGCGACACGAUGCCUGACAGCGGGCCGUCUUCGGACUUCACCACCGGGACGGCCACAGGUUGGUUCAUGGGUGUGACUGCGGUGAAAUCAUCAAGUGUCAGCACCGCUGUCCUCGAGUCACCUCCGAUGCAACAGUCAUCGCCAACAUGUCGGCUCAGGCUCAAAUAUUUCAUGUGGGAUUCAGGUCAUACGGGAUUUGGCUCUUCUCCACUGUGGGUGUCUGUCCUGCACCAAAACUCUCAAAAGUCCACCGUGUGGCGUCCUGAAGCUACCAGCGUCCGCGGGUGGAGGGAGGCCACCAUCUACCUGGGUCGCGUUGCCACGACGUUCAGGAUCAGGCUUCACUCAGACCGUUCUGAGGGCCGCAGAGGAGAUGUUGCUGUGGACCAGCUGGAGUUCCUGGACUGUGCUUUACCUGUGCCACUCCCUGGGGUCGGGUGUCCGGAUGGAAUGCUGCAGUGUCGGCGUGAGGGCUGUGUGGAGACUCAGCAGGUGUGUGACGGCACUGACGACUGUGGUGACGGCACCGACGAGGAAAACUGCGAGGCUUAUCACCGCUGUGACUUUGAGAAAGACCUAUGUGGUUGGGACCUGCGGUCCUUGUCCAAACUGAAAUGGGUGCGGACGAGCCAGGAAGACAUUUCAAUCUCAGAUCCUCUGAGAGGACCAGGACGGGAUCACUCUCACAACAGUGCAUCAGGUCACUUCCUGUACGUCACUGUUCCUGACGGCGAGCUCUUGCAGGAUUGGGCAGCUUUCCAAAGCCCUCGUCUGCAGCCCACCAAUAAUACUCAUCCUUGCAAGAUGGUCAUGUACACUCACCAGUUUGGCCCGAGGUCUGGUGGGCUUACGGUACUGGUGGCAGACAAGAGCAUCACCCCAGUGUGGGAGCGGGGCGGAGCUCUGGGUGAUGUUUGGGUGAAAGCGCAGGUGGAAAUAGUCAAUAACUCGCCUUUUCAAAUUCUUGUCAUGGCAGCCGUCAGGGAGUUGGCAUAUGGCGGUAUCGCCAUCGACAGCAUCGUCUUGUCUCCGGAAUGCCGCCCAUCAAACGAAAGUGUUACUUUGGAAAAAUUCCCGAGACCUCCCAAAGACGACUGCACCGUGGCGGAAAAGAUGUGCGACUUUCACCCCGACUGUGAGGGAGCGGCGGAUGAAGCCCAGUGUGGGGAUUUCUCGUACAGUAAAGGCAGCUCAGCCUGGACAGAUACCAGCAUCGGGAGUCAAAGUUGGCUACUUCACAAGAAUUCCACUGCAAAAGAGGAAUACUUGUACGUGGCCAAGGCCCCGGGCCAGCAACUGACUGAGGCCCAGACGCGGACUCCCGUCCUGGGCCCCUCUGGCCCAACUUGUACCCUACGUUUUGAUUUUGCACUCACGGGCAAUCCAGCUCACAUAGGUGAACUGUCUGUCAGGGUGAUUGACAGCAUUUUGGGAGUGCAGCCAAAACUGUGGGAGUUCAGCGGAAAGACUGGGAAAGGGGAGGUCGAGUGGCAAUAUGCAGAAGUGGCCGUUGGAGCCAGAAACCAUCGUUUUCAGUUAGCAUUUGAAUCCCGCGCAGUCAAACUGUGUCCUUCCGCCAAGAUUAAAGUCCAAAACGUCCGCUUCACUGGUUGCCAUGCAAAUUAUUUUCCGUCUACUUCAACAGGUAAAUCUUUUCAUUACAGUAUUCAAACAGUUGAUAACAUCCUGUUCCUCAAUGCAUUGCCCUGUGUUGCAUGUCUUUGGGGGGAAGAACUGUCAUGUAACUUUGACGAUGGACUAUGUGGAUGGCACCAGGACAACAGUGACAACUUUGACUGGACACUGCUGGAUGGGAUGGACCACACCACCGGGUUUGGUAAAAGUCUGGUGGUGGACAUGUGGAGUUCCUCCCUGCGUGGUGCUUUAGGACGUUUGCUGUCAUUCUCACUUUUACCAGGCAGAGCGGACCAAUGCCUGGCCUUUUUCUACAAAAUCUACGGCCCCAACACAGGUACUCUGAAUGUCAAAUUGUUUGACAAGCAUGGUUAUGAGGAGGUGCUGUGGACCCGCAGUGGAGCACACGGAAACAUGUGGCAUGAAGCCCACUGCCCAGUACCACACCAGCUCAUAACAUAUCAGUUGAUGUUUGAGGCAGUUCGCGCCGGUUUUGAUGGUCGGGUGGCCAUCGAUGACGUGGCCUUGUUGGCCCAACCGUGCACCGUGCCGAGGGUGUGUUCCUUUGAGGGUCAGAGGUGUGGCUACAAAAGCUACGGUCAGGUUUACUGGCUCCAUCGGAAUGGACACGCUGCAAAUGUGACCGGACCCAAAACUGACCACAGUCUUGAAACGGAACUGGGUUUUUACAUGAUGGUUAGCACUGGGAGACACUUCCUUCCCGCUGGUGGCGCAGCAACACUUAUGUCGCCUCUCCGCCAGGGAACGGCUAAAACAGAGUGCGUCCAUUUCUGGUACCACAUGGCAGGAGAGAAUCCCGGUGCUCUGUCAGUGUAUAUGAAGCCGGUGAGCGGUGAGAGGGUGAAGAUCUUCACGGAUAGUCUGAACCAGGGAGAUGUGUGGCACCAUGGCAGUGGAAACAUAUCACCUAAUCUUGUGGACUGGCAGCUGCAGUUUGAGGUGAUUGGAAGAGGAGGCGAAGACACUCAUGUUGCCAUUGAUGAUAUUUUCCUUUCUGCUCAUCCAUGUGAAAAUAAAGCUUCCAAGUGCAGUCUGGAGAGAGGACUGUGUGCAUGGAGCAACACUCAGAACAGCAAACGGGACAAACUGGAUUGGGAAGUGACGAGUCGAGAAACAGAAAGUCACUACACUACCCCACUUGGAGAUCACACCCUUGGAACCGAGAAAGGUCACUUCCUGUUCCUGUCAAGUAGCAACCGGACAGCAGCCUAUCAGAAUGCUCAGCUGAUCAGCCCGCACCUGCCCCCGACUAAAGGCACUUGCCUGAAAUUCUGGGCCUACAAACCGUACUCAUCAGACAGCCGGCUGAUGGUGUGGACUUUGUCCAAAGGUCUUCUCCAGGAGCUGCUGGAGGUGAAAGAGCUCGGAGGACCGUGGAGACGUGUGGACAUUGACAUCAUUUCCACGGACGAGUACCAGAUUGUCUUGGAGGGAAUCAAAGGUGUGUCCGGGGUCCUGGCUCUGGAUGACAUCGAGUACACGGUCGGGAUCAACUGUGCUAAAAAAGUCACUGAUGUCCAGACAGCGUCGAGGAAGCCUGACAAUGCAGGAGGGAUCGCAGCCUCGGUCCUGGUGGUCCUGCUUCUGAUUGGCACUCUGGUGGGGCUCCUUAUUUUCUACCUGCAUGUUCAGAGGAGGGCCACGCUUUUGACCAACCCUUCAGCUGUCGACGGUUUCAGUAACGACACCUACGACCCCAGCGUCACAGAGAACCACGUCAGAAUCCCCCCCGCACAAAACCACCCGAUGGCCGCCGGUAUCAACGUCGUCUCUGUCUCUGCGGGUGUCAGAGAGAGGGAGGUGGCGUGAAGCAGGAGGAAAGGCGCCACUACAAAAGUGGUCUGGUGAAAUUUAGGCGAUAUCACAGCAGAAGAACUGCUUGUGUCGACCUUGCAUCAAACACACACACACACACACUAACACUAAUACACACAUACAGUAUCCACACUGAUAAGGGUCUAAUCAGGGCACCGUACGGUAUGGCGAUGACCUCAAGGCGGUGCAGCUUGUUUCCUGUGGACGGAUGGCGGCUGGAGGCCGGAGGACAACAUUUGGUUGGUCGACAUUUGUCUGACAUGCUAGCUCUGUUGAAGCAGCACACACUUUCAGACAUUUGCAGUGCAUUGUGGGUAGGCGCUAAUUGAAGUUGCAUUGUGGAGCUUGAUUGAUCAUGAAUUUAUCAAUUCCAUAUUAAAUAAAUGGCCGCUAGGCAUAAAGAAGGAUGACGAUAAUAUAGGAUUAUUGAA